ACACCAUUAUUUAACAAUGAUCUAUAAGUUAAUAUCAUAACAUACGGGGAUUUCUGAUAGUUUGCAUUAUAAAUGCUUUACGAUUUCAUCCGGGGUGAUUCAAUGUAAUGAUUUAUGUUUUUUAAAUAAUCCAAAAGAGAAAGCAGUAACAGAUUGUGUUUUACGUAACAAAUCUUCAAUAUAGAUAAAUGGCUGUUAUUCCAGGUGAAAAACUAAACGUCGAAGAUAUUCUGUUUGUUACAAGAGCUGUGUCGGUGGCAUAUGGGUUAGCUGCGUUGGCAUGCACGUGCGCGGGAGGAUUUACACUAUACUACGCCGCCCCGGUCAUAACGUAUCCUUUUGCUUCAGGAUCAGGAAUAUGGACGGGGGUUUUUACGUUCGUUAUAUUUAUACUGGGUAUAAAAACAGUCAAGGGGUAUGAACCAAAUUACCCGGAGUCGUCUAAAGGAAAAGUUAUAGCAUUAUACACGUUAAUCAUCAUGGACAUUACAUUUGGAAUUCUCCAUGUAACAUUCUCGGCUGUUGGAUUUUCGUACUGCAGCAAGGAGUUAAGAAUCGGAGGAAAUUACUGUAACGAAGAGGAGCGACCGAGGCUUUUACUGAUGGAAAGUUUCAAUAUGGCAUUUGGAUUAGUAAUAGCACUUGUAUCACUGUCUAUGACCAUUUACCUAUCAUUGAGAAAAAGGAUACACAUUUUAAGUGGAGUUCCAACGGAAGAGGAAGUAAAGGUCACGUGCUGCGGUGGACUGUGCACAUGUACGACCGGAAGUUACUAUUGAGAGAAGCGGAAAGGCGUUUUAUGGUUGGGUUGGUUGGUUGGUUAUACAUAUGUGUUUUUGGGUCAUAUUUGUACCAUAACAUUACAAACAGUUUGGUGCAAUAAUUUUGUUUUUGGUGCGAAUGUUUAGAGUAACUGUUGUUGAAACUAUACAUUUUUACAUUUUGGUUUAACCAAUGGAUUAUGUUAUGACGUUCUAAUGGUGUUUGUACCGUGUUGUUAAACUUUGAAAGUGUCUAUGUUGUGACAUAUUGAAAGGAUGACUUUCCUUUUUUAUUCCUAACUUUACCAGCAUUUUUGUUUUUGAAAAAUGCUUUAAUUCAAAUACAAAAAUUACGAAUGUA